AUGUCCGCGUUCACCGUCGCGUCGUCCGUCGCGUCGCUCGCGUCGCGCGCGUCGUACGCCCUCGCGCGCGUCGCGUCGCGCCGCGCGUCGAGGGCCGUCGCAUCGUCGCCGCCGUCGUCUCGUCGGCCGCUGACGUUGUCGCCCGUCUGCAUGGGCCGCAAGGCUGCCAAGGUGGCGGCGAAGAAGCAGAAGGGCGAGGCUAAGCGCACGAAGCUGUACGGCAAGUACGGCAAGCUCAUCGUCGCCGCGGUCAAGGAGGGCGGCGGCGCGGACCCCGUUUCGAACACGCAGCUCGCGCGCGUCCUCGCGGACGCCGCGCGCCUCUCCGUCCCGAGAGAGCUCGUCGACCGAAACAUCAAGCGCGCGACGGAUGGCAGCCAGGCGGACUACAUGGAGCUGACGUACGAAGCCUACGGCGAGGGCGGCGUCGGGAUCGUCAUCGAGGUGUUGAGCGACAACGUCAACCGCGCGGCGGCGGACACCAAGGCGACCAUCAACAAAAACGGCGGCAAAGUCGCCGAGCCGGGAUCGGGUGCGUUCUAUACACUGGAGGAGAACGUGUUCGAGGUGGCGUGCGAGAACGGCGGCGACGACGUCGUCCCGAGAGAGGACGGCGAGGACGGGUUCACGAUCUACACGGAGGUGCAGGGGUUCAUGCAGUGCCAGAGGGCGCUCGGAGACGCGGGGUUCGAAAUCAACCCGGACGAGACCGCGCUGAAGAUGAUUCCGCUCGCGUCGGUGGAGGUGAGCGACGAGGCGGCGGAGGUGAACGAAGCGCUCGUGGAGAAGUUGCUCGAGCUGGAGGACGUCGACGCGGUGUACACGCAGUGA